AUGACGACGCUCACUCUGUGUCUGCUUGUUUGUGCCUCGAUGGGUCUGAUCAGAGCCUCAGCUCUUCCCCAAGAGGAUCCGUAUGUGACACAGGAAACCACAACUCCUCCACCAGAGGAUGAUCCAUAUGUAACAGAGGGAGCGCUUCCCCAAGAGGAGGGUCCACAUACAGUUCACAUAACUACAACUUUUCCACCAGAGGAAGAAUAUUCAUUUUGGCAACGUUUUCUAGAUUAUUGGCGCCCGUCUUGUCGUGACGGUUGGACUAUGCUCAGUACUCAGUGUCUCAGUUUUGUUCCAACAAAGAUGACCUGGGAAGAGGCUGAGGAAAACUGCAGGAACCUGGGCGGAAACCUGGCAUCCCAGUUCAUUCUGGAGCAAAUUGAUGAGAUUAGGAAGGUGGUGCUGGACGCUGGUGUGGAGCACGGCCAGAUAUGGGUUGGAGGCGCACAGGAGAACUAUUAUAUGUUAUGGGCUGGUGACAGGGACCAGACACAAUGUUCACACAUAACCUUUGAAGCUCUUCCCCAACAAGAGGAUCCGAAUGUGACACAGGAAACCACAACUCCUCCACCAGAGGAUGAUCCAUAUGUAACAGAGGGAGGAGAAGGCUUGGAGGACGUCUCUUGUGAUUCUCUGCUGCCAUCUGUGUGUGGCAUACUCAUCAUGUGAGACUUUAUCUGUUAAAGACACCUUUCAAGCCCGUCUCAUUUCCUCUUUCUAUUCUGUGGCUGGGUCAAGUCAACUGUUCUUAUCUGUCUGAUGCAAAUUAAAAAUAUAAAAAAUAACUUCAGCACUAAUUGAAGAUGUUGUGGUGUCUAAGUCUGUUUACCUUUUAGUCGAGUGAUGGACUGAUAUUCAUGUGAUUGAAUUGUAGCCAAUCAGCCAUUGUAACGUUAUUAACACAGAGUGACUUUGAAAUUUAGUUCUGAGUGGAGUUUGACUUUUGAACUGCUACAAUAAUAAUACAAGUUAUAGUACAUGUGAUACUAUGAGAAUCAGGGUGAGGUUGAAAAAGCAGCAUAACUAAACAAAUACACAGCCUCACUUUAUGAUCUUAAAUAAAC